AUGCUUCGGUCGCAAAUCUCGCGAUCUUAUCUGUGGGCUGGAGCUAAUCAUCUCGUGACUGAGCAGACCUUUCUCUACGUGAUGAGCCUGGAGACGGGCGCAUCGCUGAUCACCCUCUCGCUGCUACUCAACAAGAUCAGUGGCCUGUAUGGCCUCCUCGCCCUGCUGACAGGCUACCACCUGUCUCCGGUCCAGCUGUCCAUGUACAUUUACUCCCUCAUUGCCCUGGCCCUCGCUGCCCUGCUUUUCCCGCACAUCCGCAAACAAUCGCCCCUCGAGUGUCUCGCUCUCGCCUGGCUCUACCUAUUCGACAGUCUCAUCAAUGCCGCCUACACGGCCGCCUUCGGUGUGACCUGGUUCCUCGUCGUGUCCCAGCAUUACGACAGCGGCAGCGGGAAAGUCUCUGGCCCAGGGAGUGAAACCAUCGCCCAGACCGCCGGCUUCACUAGCCCCAAGUACGAUGCCGCCUAUGUCGAGAUCCAGAACACCAAGGAGGGCAACAACUUUGUUGCCCACCCACCUCGCAGCGCCGACCAGCUCAGCAAUGCUGUCUACCAGCCCGAGAGCUUCCAGAGCAUCGUUUUCAUCUCCCUUCUGUGGGCUAUGCGUGUCUACUUUGUUCUCGUGAUGCUCGCUUUCGCUCGUCAGACGCUUCGCCUCUGGGUUGCGAUCCCUCGCCACACCCAGCUCCCUACCCACAGCCGCAACGUCUCGGUCGCGAGCGUUGCCGACAUCGACCGUGAGCCUUUCUCACCAUAUAGUCCCGACGGACAGGGAUGGAAGGGCAAGCUGGGCCGUAUUAUGAUUGGCAUCGGUCACAGUUACUGGCUUGGCGAAGAGGAAGAGGGCAACUGGCUAGGAAACCUGGGUCAAAAGUUCCGCAACCGCAGUAGUAACAAUAGUACCGAACUGCCGGGUCCUCUGGAACGCGAACGCAGACGUCGCUCUGGAACUGGUCCCCCUCAGCCAUCCCAGUCGGUCGUUCGAAGUGCUGCUCUCCAGCAACCCAUCCUCGAGCAUGUUCCGGGCAUGAAUGUCAAGAUGCAGGACUGGACCGAGCCUCGUUAA